UGCGCGCCAGUCCAGAGGCGACACGGCGCUAGAAGCACCAGCGAGCGUCGCGCUUAUCAUCCCGCCUCACUAACACACAUACACCCCUGACGAGGCGGGCCCCUUAAUACCAAAACGCAAAACUUCGGAAAUCUUCGGAAGUUCCUGCAGGGAACCGAAACUACGUGAGUUGUAGGCUUCCCCAGGCGCGCAACCCUACUUCUCCGGCGCCCCUGGCGGGCGGGGGCCAUCCCUGCCACCCGCCUGCUACGCCGCUGGGUGGUACUCGAGAUGACGUGUCGCGUGGCCGUCAAGAUCCUGGAGAACGUGUCGGACAACGUGGAGGAGAUCGAGGAGGAGUACCUGGUGCUGCGCGACCUCAGCCUGCACCCCAACCUGCCGGCCUUCCACGGUCUCUUCCUGCGGCGAGGGGCGUCGCGCGAGGAGGACCAGCUGUGGUUCGUCAUGGAGCUGUGCACCGGGGGUUCAGUCACGGACCUGGUGCAGGGACUCAAAAAGAGGGGCGCACGGUUGUCCGAGGACCACAUCGCCUACAUCCUGAGGGAGACCGUUGAAGCGCUGAUCUACCUGCACGCCAACCACUGCAUCCACAGGGACGUGAAGGGCCACAACAUCCUGCUGACGGAGGGCGCCGACGUGAAGCUCGUGGACUUCGGCGUGUCGUCGCACCUGUGCGCGACGCUGGGUCGCCGCAACACGUCCGUGGGCACCCCCUACUGGAUGGCUCCCGAGGUGCGCGCUCCUCUAGUUCCUCUGCGCGCCGCACCGCGGCGCCACUGUCCGCGUCGCAGGCGAACACGGAUCUCCUGGAACAUUUUCACUAUCGCGGCUGCCGCCCACACACAAUUCCGGAAGCCUACAACUCACGUAGUUUCGGUUCCCUACCACGUUCGUGCAACUUCAGUUUUCUCUCAAAAAUUGAAAUUAAAAAAAUCGAAGGGUUAGGUUAGGUUAGGUCAGUCGCAACAUGCUUGUUUUCAUUGGAAACUUCUGAUUUAGCGGCUGAAGUGGCGUUAAUACCAAAACGCAAAACUUCGGAAAUUUUCGGAAAUUCUUUGCAGGGAACCGAAACUACGUGAGUUGUAGGCUUCCCACACAAUUCACGUAACAAAUGGCAACCAACGAAAUAUAAAUAAAGUACAUUGAAAAAAAAUACAUAUUGAGCUCCGAGAACAUAACACAAUCAGGAUAAACAAAAAAAUAAAACAAUAAAAAUAAACAACACAUUAUUGUUAGACCUCUAGAUAUGCCUGUGCUUGAAACGAUUUUUAGCGGUUUUUGAAAUAUAAACAAACAUGGCUGCCAUCGCAGCUAGGGUUACCAGACGUCCGGCAAAAGGAGGACAUGUCCUCCUUUUUAUGUAUUUUUUUGCGUCCGGCCGGAUUUUCCUUAAUGCUCCAAAAUGUCCGGCUUUUUUAUAAAGUGAGAUAAUUCCUGCAGUUACACUCUGAGUAAAGCGCGCGGUGCGCACUAAUGCGCUGUCCACAGAGUCACCCCACUAGUAAGUAGUUCUAUGACAGCUUGACAGGUACAGCCCCAGUCUUCCGCCAUCAACGACCAACAGCAGACGCAUCAGCACUCCGGGGACCUCACGGCUUGUAUUCUCUGCCAAGUAAUUCUGUUAACUUUAAUUUCGUCUCAAUCACUUUCUUUUAGUCCUCGGAGCUACUCUCGGUCGGGGGACUGUUUCAUUAAUUAGUUUACGACCAGUCUCGGUCUUUUUCCUCGUAUUACGUAAUUAUAAUGUGACCACGUGGUGGCUCAUCACCUAUAAACCGACUCGUGCCGCGGGCGUUUUGUAUAGUUUCAACCGUGUACGUGUGAGCGGAAUUAGCGGAAUAAAUCAGGUGUGUGAAUUUCACGUAUUAUUCUUUUAUUUUCUAUCUGUGUGACCACGUGGAGAGUGACGGCGUGUGGGACGCCUGAGAGCCCAAUUCGUAGGGAAAAGCGUGCCCGACGCUGAGAGCGGGCAGGAAUUAGUGCUAGAUGUUUUCAAGGGGGAAUAUCACAUCUCACAUGGGCGACGGCACGCCCUGAGUUAGGAGUCUCACCGGGUCCACGUGCCGCACCACGUGGUGGCGCCCACUAACAAUCCACCGUAAAGCCGACCGAUCGAACCCCCCGCGUCAAAUUGUAUUUAAUAUUAAUGUACUAACGGUAGGUUCAGCACUUCCUGCGGCCAUGACACCCGGGGCCCAGGCAGUCUCUUCCGUUCGCAGUGCGGGGUAGGACGCAUCUCAGCACCUCGACGACUUCAACUUUUGCUUGUAGGUAACCGAUCCGUUAACAUCGCCGCCGUAACUAUUUUUUAAACCUUUUUUAAUCAACCUUCAAGGCCUACCCUGGCGGCAGACUGUUUAACUUAAUUAAUUAAAGCUCCCCGGAGCGUUUUAGAUUAAUCGCGUACUUAUACUUUCGGAGCCGGGCCACGUGGUGUCCUGGUCAGCAAGAAACCUGGACUAUGUGCUGUUUUCUGUGUGCAUCUUGAGUGUACGUGUCGGCGCCAAUAAAGCUCAAUAUUCAGUAGACUCGUUGCACUUAAUUCUCGACCACGAGUUUCCCAGCACAGAGACGGAGGUGUGUGGGGCGCAAGACCCCACGAGCAGUAACAUAGCGUGCCCGCCGCUGAGAGCGGGCCGGUGAGUGCUAGUGGGGGCAAGUCGAGCCUAGCUCCACAUGGGUCACGUCACGGCCCUGGGACAGAGUCGGUAGCCGGGUCCACGUGGUGGCGCCCAAGGUAUAAACAUACUCCGAUUCGAAAACCCUCCUCACGACAAUGUUAACGUUCCAUUUAUCUGUUAUCAUUUAAUAAAUUAAUUUUUUUUUGUUUGUUACCUUUGUCUAUCUUUGAAAACCUAACUGAUAAGGAUUUAAAGAUAUGCACCAGACAAUGAGACAAACACUCGACAAUGUUAUGGCUGAAGGGUCAUUCCGUUCGGCCUCUCUACGUAAACCGGGUUCAAGGUUGUGAAUUGUGUUUUAUUUUUAACAA